AUGACUGACACAACCGCUAAGGAGUUCAAGGACCCGGUCAAGAAGCUGACUCUGUCAUGCUCUCGAUGUAGAGCCUCGAAAUUGAAAUGCGACCGCAAGGAACCAUGUCUGGAAUGUAUCAAGCGUGACUGCGCUCAUCUGUGUACCAAAGAUGAGCGCAGGCCAAGAGCCAAACGGACAAAAGUGCAGCAUCAAGAACAGAACCCUAAUCAGACUACCUCGGAAGACACCGAGGUAGAGGAUACGGCGCAGGUGCUGGAACACUUUGUGGACGAUGUCCCGCUGCCUUCCUUCAAUGCAUCGACGAUAGCAUCGGAUUUCCCCAAUCACUAUUGGGUGACCCCAGAUCCCCAUAGACAUGAACAGAAACUGGCUUUAAUUCGCGAAAUCAUGCACGCGCUGCCUGAUUGGGAACUCGUUGGUGUGCUCUACGAGGUUUUUAUCACUCGAUGCCAGGGUCCUCUAGGAAACGUUCGCCCUCUCCCCGAAACAGCAAUUGCUAGUACUCUAUCAAUGGACCAACUGGCUGGUUUGCUGCUCGCUCUUGUACUUGGACUCGCCUUUCAUCCUACUCCGUCUUUACUCGGAUGGACUUCUAUUCCAGCAACUUUGCGCGUGGAGCAAAUGCGGGCCUCCGAUGAGUCUGUCUGGACGUGGAGGUCGCUUGCUGUGCGGUGCCUUCAGGGACGCAUCUCGCUUUUCUGUGGGUCUAUUCAUAGUCUACAAGCGGCAAUUAUGCUUCUCCUUGAUGCACGCGAAAGCUGGCUCGAGCUCGAUGCUGUCUUGGCUACUGCCAUAUCAGGUGCCCACAGACUCGGCUUGCAUCGCCUCGGAAAUGCACCGUUGGGUCCCGAUCCUAGAUCCGUGGCAGGGCAAUCGCUUGUUCGCACUGAAAUUGGCAUUCGGAUUUGGUGGGCUCUUGUCAUGAGGGACUGGUCGCGUGGGCAAACUCUCGGAUACUACACACUUCUUCCGUCGCACUUCAACACUCGAACGCCGCUUCAUUUAAAUGAUGACGAUCUGCUUCGACCACACGCCAUGAUCCUCGAGCGCCCCCGGUCGGAAUUUACCAUGCUCUCCUAUACCGUGCAUGCCCUGGAGCUUGUUAACCUUGUGCGCGAGUCCCUUAAUCUGGGCGAUGAAAAAGGUGAGCAGCGGCGCAAGAGCCUCUUCCAAAAGUACGAGCAAUAUGUCGCUGGUCUGCCGUCUUUCUUCAGACUAGGGAGUACGAUGGGGCUGACUGCCAUGGGACCAAUGGCUGCCAUCCCAGUCCAGCGAUUUAUGCUACAUCAACAGCUCUGGAGUUUUCUUCUCCGCCUACACCGCGGCAAUCUCUCUUCUCACAUGGGCCGUGCAUCGUGUCAGCUCCUGGCCCAAAAUAUCAUUAGUACUCAAGCCCAGAUCCAAGCCCGUGUGGUGCUGAUACUGGGUCUUUUGUUUGACGCGGCAUCGGCCGAUGUCGACCAUGCGAGCGCCCAGCUCGCUCGGCUGAUGACAAGAGACAAGAUCAGAGAAUCUAUAGAGCUCCUGCGCUCCAAAAAUAACCCUAAGACACUUGAAGAUCCCCUUUCGGGAGGUCCUGCGCAAGGCUCUGGUCAACGUAGUGUGGCUGUCUUGGAGGCUUUGAUGAAGCUGGAGGAAGGGGGUCCCUCUCGAGCCAGCGGUGCAGCAUCCGAGUCGGAAUCAGGUCUCCAUCGCCGAGUGCUUGACAUCCUCAAGAGACUGGACGCCCCUGUCACAGGAGAUCUUCUACCACCGCUAUCAAUGCCGGAAGACACAUUUAUGACACUUCCCGUGACAAUGGCAGAUGAGUUUCCUGAUAUGGAUGUAAUCCCCAUGCUCUCCCACGAUUUGGGCCCAAACAUGUGGGAUUUCCUUGACUUCUCGCUCCACGCGGAUGGACCGAGUAAGGGCCAACUUCCAAUUCCGUCUGGCCAGCAGCCUUUAUCCCGUCCGUCGGAUCCCAAUACCCUGCAUCAGAGUCUUAGUAGUAGCGCGGGGACUCAAACUCUUAUGAUUCAAACAUCACCCUCGUCUCUGGAAAGUGCGCCGACGCUGAAUCCCGCAACAACGCCUUCCAAUGAUGAUACGCAUUUAUUCAAUCCCUUUGAGGACUCGGAGAUACUCUGA